CUUGAAAAAUGACAGAAGGAAAAUCUUACGAGGGUAUGUCCAAAGAAGAGAGGGACGCGCAUGACCAGCAGCAGCGUGAGAAGGAGAAGAAAGAGCAAGCUGUACUACCGUAUUCCUGGACACAAGAACUUGCUACGGCAACGGUGACUGUCCCUUUACCUAAAGGAACAAGAAGUAAAGAUCUUGAGGUUGUUAUCGGAAAGCGAAAGCUAAAAGUGAAGCUCAAGUCUUCUCCUUCAUCCAUAUUGGAAGGCGAGCUGUACAACGAUAUAGUAGUGGACGACUCUUCCUGGACAAUUGAUGACGGUACACUAACUAUUGAGCUCGACAAACUGUCAUUCCAUAUCGGCUCUCCUCAGUGGUGGCCUCACAUCCUCACCCACCACCCUACCAUUGACACCACUAAGAUCAACCCUACUCCUUCGUCUCUUUCUGACCUGGACCCCAAAACGAGGGGGAUGGUCGAGAAGAUGAUGUGGGAUAACCAGCAAAAAGCAUUGGGUAGACCCACGAGCGAUGAAAGAAAGAAGGAAGAGGUGAUGAAGAAGUUUAUGGCGGAACAUCCGGAGAUGGACUUUAGUAACGCGAAGAUUGAAUAAAGGUACUAAAUUCAAGUACGGUAUGCAGCAUGGCUUUGUAACUUCCUUUCAUGCAAAUGGAAAGUGUAGAGU